AUGCGAGGUAAAUCAUUUCAUGAGUCUCCACCAUUUGCAGAGAAGAUCACAGACGACCCUGUGACAACAAAAACCGCACAAAGCACGGUGACUUGCGUCUUCCUUGCCAAUAUUGCGACAUUUUGGCGGAAGGUGACGAUCAUAUGGUGUAAGAACCUCAUGAACCAUUCCCUAAGCAUUCGGAUUGAUAGCUUAGACGGCGAGUUUCAUUAUACGUGCAAAUUCGACCUAAAGCCAUGGCAUUUUUGGAGCAAAAAAGGGUACAAGUCAUUCGAGUUCGAAGGGAAUCAAGUGGAGGUUUAUUGGGAUCUUCGGUCUGCAAAAUUUGGCGGCAGCCCAGAACCGUGUUCCGACUUUUAUGUUGCUCUUGUUUGCGAUGAGGAGGUUGUGUUGUUAUUGGGAGACAUGAAGAAAAAGGCAUACAAGAGAACAAAAUCCAGACCAGCCCUUGUGGAGGCACUUUUAUACUACAAAAAAGAAAACGUGUUUGCCAAGAAAAGUUUUGCCACAAGAGUGAAGUUUGAUGAGAAGAGAAAAGAGCAUGACAUUGUCGUGGAGAGCUCAACGUCCGGCCUGAAAGACCCAGAAAUGUGGAUCAGUGUAGACGGGAUUGUGUUGAUUCAUGUCAAGAAUUUGCAGUGGAAAUUCAGAGGGAAUCAGACUGUGCAGGUGAACAUGCAACCGGUGCAAGUUUUCUGGGACGUGCACGAUUGGCUUUUCAGCAGCCCGGGGACAGGGCACGGGCUGUUUAUUUUCAAGCCAGGGGCACCGGAAUCAGAGAGCGAUCACGACAGAGAUGGCAACGGCAGCAUAAACAGUGAUAAUAGCAGUGCUUAUUAUUCAACUCAAACAAGUAAUAACUCAACAUCUUCUGACUUCUGCAUGUUUCUUCAUGCUUAUAAGAUUGAGUAAGGGAGACUAGCUUACAGAAAACACGCAAAGUAAAAAAAAAUAAAAAAUAAAAUAAAAAAAGAAAGAAAAGGAAAAUGGUUGUAAAAUUGUAAAUUAUGGUAGUAGGAUUAAUUAUGGGUACUUUAGUACUCAUCUGAUAAUUUGUAAAUUAAACUUUAUUCGUAUUAUAUAUGCAGGAAAGAAAAUUAAGGUCUAGAAAUGCUAUUCCAUGAUCUCCUACUUAUUCUUGCCAUUUUUCAAGUGGGUUAAUUAUUAUUCUUGCCAUUUUUACUUUCUGUAUGUAGAAAAUUGGAGAGGGUAUUGGUAUAAUGUGGAUACGGCUAGGGUUUAAGGACCGAUAUUGCUCUUAAUUUUUCAGGGUAAGAAAGGUAAACAAAAUGA